AUGCCUGUCAUUGAAAUCAACGAUCAAGAUCAAUUUACCCACUUAACGACCACUGCGGCCGGCGACAAGUUAAUUGUACUUUAUUUCCAUACUAGUUGGGCAGAACCAUGCAAAGCAUUGAGGGAAGUUUUUGAGGCUAUUAGUAAUGAGCCUUCUAAUGAGAACGUCUCCUUUUUAUCUAUUGAUGCGGAUGAAAACUCUGAAAUUUCAGAACUGUUUGAAAUCUCAGCUGUUCCAUAUUUUAUCAUAAUUCAUAAAGGAACAAUCUUAAAAGAGUUAUCUGGUGCAGACCCAAAGGAAUUUGUGACUUUAUUGGAAGACUGCAAGAAUUCAAUAAAUUCCGGACCAUCACAAACUGGUACCGUGGAAAAUGCAAACGUAAAUGAAGGAAGUCAUAAUGACGAAGAAGAUGACGAUGAAGAAGAGGAAGAAGAAACCGAGGAGCAAAUAAAUGCUAGAUUGACUAAGUUGGUUAAUGCUGCACCGGUAAUGCUAUUUAUGAAGGGGAGCCCCUCUGAGCCUAAAUGUGGUUUCUCAAGACAAUUAGUGGGUAUUUUGAGGGAACAUCAAGUAAGAUUUGGCUUUUUCGAUAUAUUAAGGGACGAAUCUGUUAGACAGAACUUAAAAAAGUUUUCUGAAUGGCCAACUUUUCCUCAACUUUACAUUAAUGGGGAGUUUCAAGGCGGUUUAGACAUUAUCAAGGAAUCCUUGGAGGAAGAUCCCGAUUUUUUACAGCAUACUCUUCAAUCUUGA